AUGGACGCCAAGUCGAUGUUUCUGUCCAAAAGAAUCAGGACCAAUCUAUCGGAGUUGGAAUGCUGGGAUGCAGAAGAAACACUCUGUCUAGUAUUUAUCACGUGGUCUCUGAGCUUCUGGUCGAGUCUCUGGGAUAUAAGCUCGGCUGGGCCGCCCCUGUUGGACCUGAUGAUCGGCACAGACCCCAUUGUCAGCACCGAAGCAAACAAACCGUUUGCAAUUUUGUCUGCAAUUGUGGUGAUUUGUGUCUCUGUUGUUUUUGGGUUGUUGAAUUGCGAAUAA